AUGGAGCCUCUGUCCCCGGCCUCGGCCGCGGCGGGCGGCAACGCCUCCUGGAGCGGUGACAACGGCACGCUGGGCGGGGCGCUGCCGGCGCGCGGGGGCGCGGGGGUCGUGGCGCUGUACCUGCUGGUGUGCGCGCUGGGGCUGGGCGGCAACGCUCUGGUCAUCUACGUGCUGCUGCGCCACGCGAAGGCCAAGACAGUCACCAACAUCUACAUCCUCAACCUGGCCGUGGCCGACGUGCUGUUCAUGCUGGGCCUGCCCUUCCUGGCCACGCAGUACGCCGUCUCCUCCUGGCCCUUCGGCUCCGUCUUGUGCCGCCUGGUCACCACGCUGGACGGCAUCAACCAGUUCACCAGCAUCUUCUGCCUGACGGUCAUGAGCGUGGACCGCUACCUGGCCGUGGUGCACCCCAUUCGCUCUGCCCGCUGGCGCCGCCCGCGUGUGGCCAAGCUGACCAGCUCCGCCAUCUGGGCCUUCUCGCUGCUGAUGUCGCUGCCGCUGGCGGUCUUCGCCGACGUGCAGGAGGGCUGGGGCACCUGCAACCUGUGCUGGCCCGAGCCCGUGGGGCUGUGGGGAGCAGUCUUCAUCAUCUACACGGCCGUGCUGGGCUUCUUCGGGCCGCUGCUGGUCAUCUGCCUGUGCUACCUGCUGCUGCUGGCCAAGGUGAGGGCCUCGGGCGCGCGCGUGGGGGCCCCCCGGCGGCGCUCGGAGCGCAAGGCCACGCGCAUGGUGCUGGUGCUGGUGCUGGUGUUUGUGGGCUGCUGGCUGCCCUUCUUCACCGUCAACAUCGUCAACCUGGCCGUCGUGCUGCCCGAGGAGCCGCUGGCCACCGGCGCCUACUUCCUCGUGGUCGUCCUGUCCUACGCCAACAGCUGCGCCAACCCUGUGCUCUACGGCUUCCUCUCCGACAACUUCCGCCAGAGCUUCCGGAAUGCUCUGUGCCUGCGCCAGGGCUUGGGUGCCGCAGAGGACGCGGACACCACGGAGCCGCGGCCGGACAAGAGCGGCCGGCUGCAGGAAUGCAACGGGCUGAUGCAGACCAGCCGGCUGUGAGG